CAGCGAUUUGCUUCCCUAUCAGUUACCUGGAAGGCUUCAUCCUAGAAGGAUCAUUAACAUUUCGGAAAAUGGACCCAGUUACGGUGAUUUUGACGAUUUUCGUGGGCCUAACGGGGCUCGUCUACUUCUUUCUGAGGCGGGAGCAGCAGAAAUGGCCACGAUUAGGCGUUCCGUUCGCGAAGAAUCCUCACCUACUAUUCGGGAACGUUCGAGGAAUAUUCCAGAAAGAGCACAGCUGCGAAAUCCUCCAGCGAUUGUACUGGGAGUUCAAGGGCCGAGGAUUGAAGCUCGGUGGAAUUAUGAACUUCUUCCAGCCGGCAGUGCUGGUUAUCGAUCCGGAGAUCAGCAAGAGUAUCCUGGUAAAAGAUUUCAACAAGUUUCAUGAUCGCGGAAUUUUCGUGGAUCCGGCGGGGGAUCCUCUGAGUGCCAAUCUGUUCAGCCUGGAGGGAGCCCAGUGGAAGGCAAUGCGUACGAAGAUGUCUCCGACGUUCACCUCGGGGAAGAUGAAGUACAUGUUCGAGUCGGUUCUGAACGUGGCCGAGCGGUUGAAGGACUAUUUGGCGGAGAAUUGCCUGAAGGAGGACAUCGAGCUGAAGAACAUUCUGCAGCGGUUUACGAUGGACGUGAUUGGUAAUGUGGCGUUCGGGGUUGAGUGUAACUCGAUUAAGAACCCGAGUUCGGAGUUCCGGUUGAUGGGCUUAAAGGCGAACCGGUUUGACGGGGUAAGGUUUUUGAAGUUCUUCAUCGGAGGCGCCUAUAAAAACUUUGCGAAGAAGAUCAAGCUGAAGGUCGUGGAGGACGACGUUCACAAGUUCUUCAUGAGUUUGGUGCACAGUACGGUGCAUUACAGGGAAGGGAACAACGUGAAAAGAAACGACUUUUUGAAUUUGCUGAUGGAGAUCAAGAACAAGGGAAAGUUCAGCGAUGAACCCAAUUCGGGCGGCGAGGGAAUCACGAUGAACGAGAUAGCCGCGCAGUGUUUCAUUUUCUUCACGGCCGGUUUCGAGACUUCGUCCACCACAAUCAACUUCUGUCUGUACGAGUUGGCUAACAAUCCGGAUAUUCAGGAUCGAUUGCGGAAUGAGAUUGAAGAUGUAGUCGCUAAGGACGGAGGAGAGUUGAAAUACGAUACUCUGCUAGGUAUGAACUAUCUGGAUCGAGUUGUCAGUGAAACCCUACGGAAGUACUCGGCGGUGGACAACCUCUUCCGCAUCUCCAACUCGCCGUACACUCCGGACGGCUGCAACUUCACCAUCCCUGCAGGAACCCUGUUCCAAAUUCCCAUCCACUCGAUGCACCACGAUCCGGAGUACUUCCCUGACCCAGGUCGUUUCGAUCCGGAUCGAUUCCUACCGGAAGUGGCCAAAUCCCGACACCCAUACUGCUACCUGCCCUUCGGUGAAGGACCCCGCGUUUGCAUCGGGAUGCGAUUCGGGUUGAUGCAGACCAAGAUCGGAUUGGUUACGUUGCUGCGGAACUUCCGCUUCGGGCCCCGGUCCGAGACUCCGGACCGAUUGCAGUUUGAAGCGAAGACGUUUGUGCUGACGCCGCAGACCGGGAUAUACCUGAAGAUUGAACCGAUCGGGAUAUGAAGGAGUGAUUGUGUAGAGUAGCUUGCAGAGCGUUGGAUCUAAAAACCCCAAAAAAUAAAGGUGUUAGGCUUCCAGCAUCCAUCACAGAUAAGCUAUCUAUGGAUUUAGCUCUCGUUGUCUGUUUUAUGAUUGGCUGCAAUAAACAGUCCACUGGACAGUUGUCGGUGAUAAACGAGAUACUCCACAAGACAAAAUCAAAAGAUUGCGUCAAUAAAAACAUUGAUUAACUUUUUAA